AUGACACUAUUUCUACACAGAAUUGGCUUCCCAGAUCACAAACAUGCAGACCGCAUCUGGUUUUAUAGUUUGGGACUCUGGUAUGAAGACGUGGAUGACCAGGUUGUCUUUAAUAAGGAUAAUGUCACCGCUGAACACUGGAAAUGCAGAACACUAGAAACAAUUAUGGAGAUGUUAGGCCAUAGCAAGAAACCAAUCGAUGUCCUCAAGUUUGAUAUAGACAACAAUGAACAUUUGAUAUUUCAUCAAUUAAUAAUGAGCGGCGUGCUGAAAUAUGUGAAGCAGUUGGACUUUGGAGUGCAUCUUGAUAUCAUACCCCGAGAAAGAAAAGAUUUAAUUCUAGGUGUCUAUAGAUAUAUGAAAACAGCUUUUGACGAGUUCGGAUUUAAACUCUGGUUUUCUAAUGAGAAUACAUAUGAGGCCGAGGUCCAAAACUUCGGACGCCAUGCUGGUGGAAGACGCCACAAUGUUAUGGAAAUGUCAUGGGUCAAUACAAAUUAUUUGAAUCUUGAGUAA